AUGACCCAGACUUUCAUAAUUCCGGACGGUUAUUUCAUUGGCCGUAAAGGCAAGCUUUUGUUGAAGGGCACUGGACAGUACGUCGCGUACGGCGUCCGCGGAGGCCGUCACGGCACGCGCGUUGUGGCCGAUCACGCCGCAAUGGUCGCCGAUACAUCCGGGAUUUCUGGGGCGGCGGGAAGAGGCUUUGAUUCCGUUGCGGAGGCGCAGGAGUGGUGUGAUAGGCACAUUCUCGAGGUGAACCCGGGUCGCAUCUCCGAGCUUCGGGUGGAGCUGGAACGUUUCCAAUCCGAGCUUCACGGCGCUCAGUCUCGCAUGUAA